GCUGCCCCCGCCGCUCGUCGCUGGGCGUGUUGUUGCUCCGCGUCCCGCACUGGUCGGCGCGCGCGUCAACGGCAACGAAACGACGCACGACGGGCUUGUGCACUGCGCGACACCCGCACAUUCGCACGAUACGACGGUCCGCUUCGAGAGUGACAGCGUGGUCCCACAGCGACAGGCAAUCAGUGCGCCGCGUCGCCUGCGCUGCUGGACGCCGCGUCGCACCGCUUUACAUACUCACCUGCCUGCGCCCGUGCUAACUCUGGCGCUCUGCAGGACUCUCCGCGCGCCUCUGCAGCCGUUGCAGCCCGCGACUGCCAGCCAGCUGCCGCAUAGUGCCGUGUCGCUUGUCGCCCGCGCCUCUGCUGCCCAUCACUCCCCCGGCCUGCACCCCCCGGCCUGCACCCCCUGCCGCCUCGCACGCUCCAGCAGCUCUCGACCGCGUCUUCUGCACUGCCGGCGCGGAUCAUGGCAGACAUUGCUGGCUACCACACUGACGCCAAACUGGGCCAGGACCUCCACUCCAACAAACGCAAACGCGACACGCGCGACCAGGGCAUGAAUCGCUCCGCGCCCAACAUGGUCAACGCCGACCUGACCGACCAGGAUACUGCCUUCCAUCUCGCUGCCCAUAACGCAGGCGCUAACGACGACCUGCAGCAGUUCGACAUGUCGAGUCACAAUGGCGGCGGCAACACGUCGAGUGUGGGCGACACUGCGGCCGCAGCUUUGGCUUACCAUCAGAUGACUGUGCCCCAGGCGACAGAACUCCAGUUCCAGACACAGGCCACCGGCAGCGAUAAUUCUUUCAACCUCGGUGACCACCAGCAGCAGACCAGCAUGCAGGACUUCAGCCUCGAAGCUCUGAAGGCUGCAACGCAAACGGGUCGUCCUGGCCAGCCCGCUAACAGCGACUCGCCACCCCAGAGUGCCUCGCACAAGCCUGUUGUCGGCUCUGAUGAAUGGCACAAAGUAAGGAGGGACAACCACAAAGAAGUCGAACGUCGCCGGCGUGAGACGAUCAACGAAGGCAUCAACGAGCUUGCAAAGAUCGUUCCUGGCUGCGAGAAGAACAAGGGCUCCAUCCUACAGCGCGCGGUGCAGUUUAUAACGCAGCUCAAGGAGAACGAGCAGCAGAAUAUUGAAAAGUGGACAUUAGAAAAGCUCUUGACGGAACAGGCCAUCACCGAGCUCAGCGCCAGCUGCGACAAGUUCAAGGCUGAAUGUCAACGCGCGUGGGACGAAGCCCAGAUCUACAAGCGUGCUUGUGAGAAUGCGGGCAUCGUGCCAGACGAGAUCAAGGAGCGAGAAAACAAUGGCGAGGCUACUGGUCCAAGCUGACUCUGAAUGCGGGUUGUUUCAAGUAAUUUCACGUGCAGAUUGAGUGGUUAGUAUCGAGGCUUGUUGCUCACACGUCAUGUUCGGCGAGGUCUGUUUUCCGGUUCUGCUUUUAUUGCUGGUCGUUGGCUAUCAGUAGACGAAGGUCUUUCUCUUUCCCGCCUGCCACGGCUGUUGGUUGCUUCAUUUCCGGCGUUCUUCGACAUCAGCAACACUCAUUACGAGAUGUGGGCCACGUCCAGUGGAGGUAGCAUCAGGCGGUCAUUUGCGAAGCAGUUGCACGCGUCUCGCGGCGGUAGAGGGUAUGGCGGUGUUUUUUCCCGUUGCAUAGCUGCCGUGACGAAGUAUUAGGAUGGUGGCUAUGACAAUUACGCUGGCUCACUACCAGUUAGUACCGUGUUCGAGCCCUUGUGCACGCGGUGUUCUUUGCU